GUGCAGAGUACCUACCUAUAGCCUAGGUAGGUAGGGCAGAUCCAACCUUAGGUGUCAUUUCUAGGCCUACGCAGGGCAAGUACAUAGGUACCGGUACUCGUACUUGUACUGAGUAUAGUACGAAAGUACUUACAGUCUAACUGUGUGAAACACCUCCAAUUAUCGAGUCCGUGCCACCAACCCCAACACACUGCAACUUCAACUCCAACUCCCUUGACCACCGUACCUAGCUGUUGCUAGCCUAGGGAACCCCCACCAUGCUAUCACUGCUCUACCUCCACGUGGGAGUUGCCCACACCUGCUACCUAGACCCAACGGCAAUGGGUGCAUUUUAGGGGGCUCUUGAUUUUGGCUGGCUCGGCUGCUGGUGUAUACCGACAACUCGUCUCCAUUCCCCAAAUGCGUCGACCCUCCAAGGCGCAGGCCACUUCGCUGGGCAACAUGAUGAUGGUCCUUCUACCUACUGUACGUUAUUGGAGCCUGAUUGAGCAUGGCUUCAAUGUCCACUUGGCCCGUCAGAUACAACAAUAGCUGCAAACGUCUGCCCUUUCGUGUCUCUACAUGCCCCGUUAGAGUUUGCAUCGAGUGUGUCUGCCUUCCACAUUCUCGCUUGUGACCCAGGAGCUGGGUCGGACCCAAUGUUGAAGAAUAUGUGCGGCGAGGCUUAACUUGCGGCUGUCUAAAUUAAGCGCCUGAAUGCUCAGUUCGCACUCAUGGUUUUUCUAUACCGUUUCUUGAGAAGACCAUGGGACCGACCUCCUUGAUGGUCUUAGCCACUUUCUCUUGGGUUGCCCUGCCUUUCCGGGCUACAGUCAUCGUUUGACUGCGACAUGUACAAAUGGAUCCUUACUUCCUCAGGUCUGUUUUCUUUUCUGUUCAUCCAAUAUCCAAAUAAAGAAUCAAGCACCGGUAUAUAACAGCUCUUCCCUCUUCGCAUCUUUUCUAUUUAGAUACCUAUCAUCCCAUCUUCAAACACCACUACAACAUACCACCCAGUACUCUGAUUUUCUCUAUUCCCAUCUUCCCAUCAGACUUCCUCUCUCACACGACAUCUUCAAUUGAUCAACUUUUCAUCAGCAAAAUGUCUUCUUACACAACCCUUUCAACUUCAACAUACAACACCGCAAUGGCUCGCAUCUACUGUUCAGCAACAACAUCAGGUAAGCCAGCCUAAAAACCCCAUUUUUCUUCUUCUUCAUUUUUUUGGGCUACACACAAUCUCAAAUUCUUCAUGCUAAUAUUUCUCCAUCCAGGCUCGAAAAACUUACGACGUGGUGAUGAUGAUGGCCGGGACUCAGGUAAGCCUCCAACCAACAAACCCAUUUCUGUUGGAGUCCAUAUGCUAAUUAGAGAUAGGCUACGGUAAUUGAGAGGAAUAUUGAGUUUCCAACAAAUCUGUAAGGGUAAGUUGGAGUCAUCCAUUCUUCGCUCUUUGGCCUGCCUGAUUGGGGAGGGGACCGUUGUCGUUGGAUUUCCCUCAUCGGGGGGUUAAGACGGCAAUGGUCACAUGAUCUUAGCGAGCUGCAGCCUGGAUUCCCAAGACUCCCCCCUCUUUGGCAUGACCAAUCAUUCGCUGACAUCUCUCCUUCUAGAUUUCUUCAAUCCUUCCAGAUGGUUAAGCCUUUUGAUGAGCCACAAUCCUGCUCGCGAUGACCACAACACAAGGGACAUCACAUCACUUGGUGCUGAAACACAAAAUCCAACCUUACAUCAGCCUGCGGAUGACUUCGCUAGAAAUUGCGUCUCUUUUCUUCGAGAUCACGAACUCGGAAGAAAUACGUCAAGUACGAACUCUAUCAUGGACAUCCAAAUUCCCGAAGGUAUGAAGUGGGCUUACGAUGCCGAGACUCCAUCGUUGAAUCUUCAAUGGAUCCUGUGGAGAUUUCAUGACUAGAGAUCUGAGUCAAUUCCUCCAAGGCAGUUUUGCGGUGGAUCAUGGAUCGCAACGGAGGGCUUCUUGUACAACAUCUGUUUUGUUUUUGCUUUCUUUCUUGCACCCCAGACUUUGUUUUCUGCUUUUAGAUCGCCGCUCUCACGAGUUUUGUUGUCCUUUCUUUGUUGUAUUUCUGCGUUGCAUUUAGAUCAUUGUUACUCUCUUCAUGUACGAAUUAUGUAUGAAUUUCUGUAUCACGAAGUUGGAGUUUUCCCUUUCAUUCUCGUUGCUGUAGGAUAUACGAUACACGGCAUAGUCAUUAGAUUAGAAGACGCGGAGUCCGAGUUAUGUUUGCUUUAUACAUGUUUGUCAUUUUGAUGAUUCCCGAUGCUGUCAAAUGUUUUGGCACUGUUUUGCGUAUUGAAUUCUUGACCCCUUUUUUUGUACACGAGGAAAACAGCUACUCUGCUAUCUCUACU